CUGUGGAAAUGUCUCACAGGGCGGAGGACAGCAGCGGAGGAAGUGUGGCUGCUGACAGCAAGCCUGCCUCCCACAGUACAGCAUGCAGCGAGAACCUGACAGAAACUGAUGCUUUUAUCAGAAGCUCUCUGGACCUGGAUCCUGCAGAGGAGUACAAGAUGGGCCGCAGACGACGAGGCCUCGCGCUCAUUUUCAACCAGGAGCGCUUUUACUGGCGCCUGGGGUUGAACAGCAGACACGGCACCAACGCCGACAGCUACAACUUGGAGAGAAGACUGCUGGAGUUAAACUUUGACGUCAGGAGUUUUGAAAACUACAAACAGGUGGAGAUUCUGGAUAAAAUUUAUGAAGCUGCCCAGGAGGACCAUUCUGAUGCCGACUGCUUCCUGCUCGCCUUCCUGAGCCACGGCGAGGACGACCAUGUUUUUGCCUACGAUGGCAAGAUUGGCAUCCAGGAUAUCACGUCCUUGUUCAAAGGAGACAAGUGCAAGAGCCUUGUGGGAAAACCAAAGAUUUUUAUUGUCCAGGCGUGCCGAGGGGACAAACACGAUGUGCCGGUGACUCCCUUCGACGAUGUGGACAACGAGGUCCAGACCAACGAGGUGAUGGUGGAUGCCUGCGCCAUCCACACCCUCCCUGCUGGGGCGGACUUCAUCAUGUGCUACUCUGUGGCUGAGGGUUACUAUUCUCACAGGGAGACCAUCAACGGCUCGUGGUACGUCCAGGAUCUGUGCGAGCUGCUGAAGAAGUACGGGACGAGCCUGGAAUUCACCGAGUUGCUCACGCUGGUCAACAAGAAGGUGUCCAUGAGAAGAGUUGGCAACGGCAACGACCGCAGUAUGGUUGGGAAGAAGCAGGUGCCCUGCUUUGCUUCAAUGCUCACGAAGAAACUCUACUUCCGACCAAAGAAAUGACCGCGGGGCCUCGAGCAGACGAGUUUCUACAUGGAGUGAAUAUUUUGUGGGCGAAGGGAAACGACUCUUUCACAGUUUGAGUAAAACGAUGGUACUACGCAUGAAUCCAUGUGCGGAGUCAUUUUAAUAUCACAAGUAAAAUAACGUGUACAGCUUGGAGUAGUCUUGGUCAGUACACGCUGGCUUUUUCAAUUCAGGUUUUCUUUAUUCAAUUCUUCUUCUUGCAACAUUAUUCAGUUCUUGCAACAUUCAGGAUGUUUGAAACAUUGAAGACGUUCAUUUUGUGCAGAUCGUUUCACUUUCUUUGAUCUGUCAGUCACCACGCCAUCGUGCUGCCGGCGGUAAUGAACCAAACUGUUGGCGUGCUGCAGAGCUCAUGACGGCACUGCUCUACACAAACGGACCUGCAGGAUCAUUUCUGGUUCUUUCUGGUAAAGGUUUGAUUGUAGAGCCUGAGCGCGUCACACUUUCUGUGCCUUCAAACUCUUCUUAUGAAACAGGAAAUGUUUGAGCUGUUCUUCGUGUCAUAGAUGAUCAGAGGUUUCAUAAUGCACGUUUCCACGUAAAAUAAAGACGUAUGUGCACGUCCCAGAAAGAAGCUGCUGUCACAUGAUCUGUUUCUACCACUGAUU